AUGAGUCUAUACCAUCAGCAGGAGUUCGACAUCGCUCCAGCGGCCGUUCGAUCAAUGGCCGACGAUCUCAGAGUGAAAACUCGCGAUACCUAUCCACCAAAGGUAGUCGUUCAGGAACCUCCAAAGGGGAUCUGGGAGCCAGUGCCAGCGGUCGUUCUAACAGCCAUUCCUCAGGAAGAAGACCGUUACGAUGGCAAUCCGCGGACACGAGGAGUGUUAGCAGUUCUGACGGAGCCUUCCUAUCUACUAAAUCUGAAUUCAGCUCCAGCUGCGAAGAUCCAGUAG